AUGGUCGCUCCCCGGAAGUGGCGUCGCGGGAACGGAAGGCGGGACUUCCGGUUCCGGGGCAGGCCGCCCGCGGGGCAGGCCUCUCGUUUCGGCGGCGGAGCCAUGGAGUUCCCCGGUGGCAGUGACAACUACCUGGCCAUCACCGGCACGGCGCACCCCUUCCUCACCGGGGCCGAGACCUUCCACACGCCCAGCCUGGGGCCGAAGGAGUUACGAAUCCCCCCCAUCGCGCUGGACGCCGACCCCUCCCUCGCCGUCUCGGACGUGGUCGGCCACUUCGAAGACCUGGGGGAGCCCGGCGGGGGGGGCGCGGCCCCCGACCCCCCCUUCCCGCCCCCCCCCCUACGGCGUCCAGGGCCUGGAGAUGCCGGUGGGGAUCGCCCACGGGCUGAUGGAGCAGGGCGGGGGGCUGCUGGCGUGGGGCUCGCCAUUGGGAAUGGGGGGGGGCCUAGCGGGCUUUUUGGUGGGGUGGGGGACGGGGGGAAAAUG